CCGGCUGAUACGGGAUAUCGCUUUGGCGCAGCAGUCGUUCGCAUGGCGGUCGAACGAGGAAGCGCGGCUGGUCCCCGCGUUGACGCGCAUUAAACUUUAACGCAAAACAAAUAAAUAAAGAAAGAAUAUGACGCAAUCAUGAUUCAAGUUGGGAACGAUCCUGAAGAGAAAUCAGUAGCUUGGCGGUUCUGUAUACAUUGUAUACAACGGUGACACACAUAAGGUCACAGGCAUGGAUAUACAGAAAAAAUAUUUGUGUCCCCGAUUGGUGGAUUACCUCGCCAUCGUCGGGGCCAGGAUGCCAGCCGCCUCACGUCAGCCCGUACAGAUCCCAGAAUUGCUACGCAGAUAUCCAGUGGAGGAUCACAAGGAUUUUCCUCUACCUCUGGAUAUGGUGUACUUCUGCCAACCAGAAGGUUGCAGUAGUGUGGGACCAAAACGCACGGCCUUACGAGAGGCGACAUCCUUCACGUUCACAUUGACAGACAAAGAUUCAGGUAGAACGCGUUACGGAAUCUGCGUAAAUUUUUAUCGACCAAUAGAAAGAGCAGGGGUUGUGGCUGGCGGAGGGAUGUCGGUGAAGAGAGAGAAAUACAACACCACGUUUCGCAGAGAAAGCUGGAGGAAGAGCAUGGAGAGGAGCACAGAUUCCGCGUUUUCUAGCGACUAUAGGAGCAGUGCGGUAGGUCCUAGUGACUCUGAAAAAGAUUGCUCCAGCAGCAGAAGGGACUCGGACACUCCGCAGGUCCCACAUGCUCCGAGAUUGGAAUUUAUUGCGCCAAGUGGAGACAGCGAAAGCGGUGGCAGUCAUUCCCCGUCGCCACGUGCUUCUCGAAGACGUCAGAGAAUUCGCAAUCAUUCCUUGACUUCACUCUGCAUUAUUUCGCAUCAUCCCUUUUUCUCCAUGUUCCGGGAGUGCCUGUUCGUUCUAAAAAAGAUCAUCGACGCGUGCAAUGAAAGUUUUUCACCGCAGAAAGUGGGAGCUUCUCGGCAGACAAACAGAGACACGGUGUGGAGCGUUUUGACAGGUCAGGCUUUAGGAGACACACCGUCUAUCGUGCUUCACGACGUUCGUGAGAUCGAGACGUGGAUACUGCGUUUGCUCAGCAGUCCUGUUCCCGUUCCGGCGAAAACACGCGUGGAGGUCGAAAUAAUAUCGCCAAGUAUGCAACCUCCGUUGUGCUUCGCCUUGCCAGAUCACACCAGGUUCUCUCUGGUCGACUUUCCAUUGCAUCUGCCGUUAGAACUUCUCGGCGUUGACAUUUGUCUGAAAGUUCUCACGCUAAUUCUCUUGGAGAACAAGAUUGUACUUCAAUCUCGGGACUACAACGCUCUGUCCAUGUCGGUCAUGGCAUUUGUCACGAUGAUUUAUCCGCUGGAGUACAUGUUCCCAGCAAUACCUUUGCUGCCCACGUGUAUGAGUUGCGCGGAACAACUACUGCUCGCGCCGACGCCCUUUGUGAUUGGCAUACCAGCGUCCUUUCUGCUGUACAAAAAGAACUUCAAGAUGCCCGACGAUAUCUGGCUGGUGGAUUUGGAUAGCAAUAAAAUAACAGCGCCGAAUGUCCUGGGUGACGACAGUCUGCCGCCGCUGCCAGAACCGGAGGGCACUAUUCUGAAGAAUCACUUGAAGCAGGCAAUGCAACUGAUGGAUCAAGUUGGCUCCAGUGCGAUGACCAGUAUGACAGGUCCCGUAGUGCCCUCGCAAGAAAUCUCGUCGCGUCUCUCUUUUCAAGUGCCAAGUAGAAGAGAAAGCGUGGCGUCGCAUCAUUCCAGUCUAAGUGUGGCUUCGACGAAGCACAGACCGAGCGUUGACCACUGCACGCAUGUUCAACAUACUCCUACUUUAAACACACCAAGUGCGAGCUCAUCGUCGUCGAGUCCGCCUCGACGGUUGUCGGUUUCGUCGCAGUCGAUCGGGACAACGGCCGGGCCGCCAAAGGGUCAAAAUCCAGCGCCCUUCAAUCCCUUCAUCUACGGGAACGACGUGGACUCCGUGGACAUUGCCACGCGAGUCGCCAUGGUGCGGUUCUUCAACUCGCAGAACCUGCUGGCAAACUUCACCGAGCACACGCGAACUCUACGUCUGUACCCGCGCCCGGUGGUAGCCUUCCAGAUCAAUUCGUUCCUGCGCUCGCGACCUAGGAAGAGCAGCUUUCUCAACAAGUUCGCGCGCACUCAAGCGGUCGAGUUCCUGGCCGAGUGGUCGCUCACGCCGAGCAACGUGGCGUUUCUGCGCGUCCAGACCGGAGUGUUCGAUCCUUCGCAGAUCGGCGACAAGCCGCGCUGGUAUGCGGCUAAUCUCGAACCAAUCUACUUUCCCGUCUGGGAUUCCGGUAGUUCGCUAGCGAAUGCUUUGAAAGCGAUGCGGGAACACGAGAGCCAGCCCACCGACGAGAGCGGUUCCGACUCCGAAGGUGCUGACAGCACCAGCUCUUCGUACUCGUCUCUCAGCGACUUCGUCUCCGAGAUGGCGUCAUCGGAUCUCUCGCCAGGUAAGUUUUUGAUGACAAAAGAUGAUUUGAUUCAGCAUGUAUGUUGAAUUUC